CUUAUGUCAGCGCCCCUGUUCAAGCUACACCAGGUCAGACUGUGACAUUAACAUGCUCCUUCCCUGCCCGAAAUCUGUCUCGGACUACACAAGUGGCCUACAGCUGGACAAAGAACAACAUCCCGAUAGAGGGUGGCCAAAGGUAUCAGAUGAGGGAUGGUUCUCUCACUAUUACAGAUGUCAGGGGGGAUGACCAGGGUGGAUAUUCCUGUCGGAUUGAGAAGCAAAACUCGGCCUCUGAAUGGAGCGAGACUAUUCAAGUCAUGGUGUUGGCAGAUCCUGCUCCCUAUGUCAGCGCACCUGUUCAAGCCACACCAGGUAAGACUGUGACAUUGACAUGCUCCUUCGCUGCCCGAAAUCUGUCUUGGACUACACAAGUGGCCUACAGCUGGACAAGGAACAACAUCCCGAUAGAGGGUGGCCAAAGGUAUCAGAUGAGGGAUGGUUCUCUCACUAUUACAGAUGUAAGGGAGAAUGACCAGGGUGGAUAUUCCUGUCGGACUGAGAAGCAAAACUCGUCCUCUGAAUGGAGCGAGACUAUUCAAGUCAUGGUGUUGGCUGAUCCAUCACUUACAACAGCCGUUGUUGCUGGUGCAGCUGCAGCAGUCAUUGCAGUGGUUGCAGUCAUAUUCGUCGUAUUUCUCUUUCUAUACAAAAGAACAAAACGUUCAUUGGAAGCAAGAUAUAUCACACCAGUCAGUGUUCGAAUGAGCGACAUCGACAAGUCCGCCAUAGACGAUACAGAUGUUUACACGCUUAUAGAAGACUAGUAACCUCCUAAUGAAUGUUUUGAUAAGCAUUUUAGGUUACUGCAAAGGAUAAUGCUGCGUUGAGCAUGAUUUUACUUCUAUCAUAGUGUUUCAUUCCAGUAUGCGAGGUUUAAUACUUAAACGAAUUCCGGGGGAGUUGUUAACUGGUGCCAACUGAUUAUCAUCGGGGUCAAUACGGGAUUCGAAUCUAGCAUUUCGAAUUUUGCAAACGAAACAUACAUUAAUUGUAUUUAGUCGUUAGAAUGUUUGUCCUAUUUUAUAUAUGUUAGACGCAUGUCCACAUGUAUUUUUAUAUUCAUGUUUUUAACACAUUUUAUAUUGCAAUGAAAAACCCAGCUUUUGUGUCCCUUUGAUCAUUAUUUCGGUAAUAGGAAAGUGUAUUAGAUUUGUAUAUUUCCUUUGUGUUGGAAGCUAGUACGAUGCUAUUCACGUGUACGACUGUUUGUGAAACCACACCUUUCACAGUGCUAAUAAUCUCGAGCUGGCAAUGAGACUCCGACUAAUUAUCAGCUGUCAAUAAUGUUUUCAGGGUUCCUGAAUUAUACCGCCGUUCAUAUGUUGAUGAAAAGCAGUUACAACCAUAAUGUUCUUUGCCAUAGUGGUUAUUUUUCAGAAUUGUGCAUGCUUCUGGAAGCGCACGUAAUAUCUCCAAACAAUCAUCAUCUUCCUGAAUUGAACCCAUUUCAUUUGUUGACCAGCUUUAGCAAAGGUGCAUGUGUUCCUAUGGACGGCCAGAAAGGUGAACAGUGAACGUGAAAAAUGUCACACAUAUAUUUUGAAGACUGCAAAUAUAAAUUAAGAUUAAUUAAUUGCCGUUAAGAACAUAAUCUGCCACAAAUAGAUGCUAUAUAUGUAUCGCAAUCCAAUAUGUACGUCGCACAAAUGCAAGCUAACACGUUUUAAUCUCCUAAUAUUGAUAACAUUUAAAAAACGAAAAGAAAAUAUGUUCAUUAGACAUUUUAAACCUAAGCUGAAUUCAAAAGUGUGUAGUUCAUGUGUACUCUCACCAAACUGAAGUUACGCCUAUGACGACAAAGGCAUUCAGAUGUCACUGGCAUAAUGCUGGUUGUCUGCCUUUGACUAGUUAUUGCGUUUCCAUCACUAAAGAAGAGUGACGUGGCGUUUCCAUAACAUCACAUUGGCAGCUUACAAUGACAAUGAGUGGUAAAGACGAUGUUACAAUUUUCAUGUUCCUUUUUAAUAUUUUUUCCAAACUUUACGCUGCAUUGUCUCAGCUGUAUUCACUUUGAAAAAAAUGAAAUACCUUGAAUUCUAUUUCCAUUCCCGUUGUGCAUUUAUAGAUAUAAUUGCUUAAAGAUAUGCACCUUGUUUUGUGUCCUUUAUUUGUUGUUUAUAGAUAAUUUAUAUACAAUGUUCGCCUACAUAUACUGAAUAAGUGCAACAAUUUUCCCCGGUUACAUUUUCAGUAUCUUAAUUUCCUAGUCGAACUUGCACGUGCUAAUAUCUGUUUUAUGUUAUGACUGUGUCAUUUUUACAUUGGCCAUAGUUCGAUUAAUUUUAACAUCAGCAGUAAAUUACAAUUGGAAUUUUUUGUCUAAUGUUAUAGACAAGUUUUCGGAUCCUUUUAGUUAUGCGUAUAUACAUAGGCUAAGUGUUAUUGUUUUGCUUAUCACGCACUUUCAAUGUUUUGCUCAUCCAUCUGAAUAUAGCUGUAGCUUUACUUACUCGAUCUUGUACAAGUAUCCGACGAUACUAACAUAGUUUGUAUUCAUGUUAUGUUUACUUCUAAAUAUCCAUGUGUAUGUGUAUAGCCUAUGUGCUGUUUCUAUCCAUAUAACCAUUUCUUCAUAUCAUCAUCAUGUUUGUUGGUAUGAUUAUUUCAACUCUUCGGGAGCACCAUAUAUUGAGUUUAGAUAUGUACGUGGUACCAUCAAAGACGAGCAUCAGGUACAAUACAUGUUCCUGUCAAUGAGCAGGUAUCGAGUCCGUUAGAGGAGUGUGGCACAUUAUUGGUUGCAGACUACGCCACAGAGAUCCUCCAGUACAAAAUCUCGCAAUAUCCUGAACCGAAGGCAAUACUUAAACGUCAAAUUCAAAAUCUGAUACAGUCAAUGAGGAGGAGGGUCGCUUAUGUUCUUGCAGUUACACCAGAUCUUGGCAUUAUGCUCACUCACUGAUACUUAUGUUAUUG